UGUUGAGUUCUCAACCGCGUACCAACUCCGCCAAAAACACAAACGUACCUCUGGGGAGGGGGGGGUGGUUAAGAUUUUGCUAUGUAACUUAGUAACCACUCCUUCAGAAUCAACAUGUCGGAUACAACCACUUCCAAUUCGGAGUUGAUUCAUGCAGUAAAAUCUUCUAUUAAUGAUGUUAUUGUGAAAAUAGAUGCACUGGAAAACCUCAUUAGUAAUAAGAUUAGACUUAAUAAAUAAUAAAUAGGAAAUAACUUAAUAAAUAGGAUGCUUGUAAAUAUGAACGUUCCUGACGAUAUAAUUAACUCGAUGCUCGGGAUGUACGAGACAAUGAAAGAUUUGGAAAGAAGGAGCACAGAUCAUACAGCAGUUAAUGAGAAUGCAUACAAGGCUAGCCUAAAUUUCAAUGGUCACCGUGGAAGACCAGCUUUUAAAAUUUCAUCCGAACAGCUAUCCUUUUUACUGGAGCAAGGAUUCAGUGUUCCAAGCAUCUUUCAGAUGUUGGGUGUUGGAUGUCGAACUGUUGAAAGACGAAUGUCGGAAUAUAAUCUUACAGUUGCAGGAACUUACAGUACCAUCAUUGACCAUGACUUGGAUGAUUUAAUCAGAUCUGCCCAGCAAAGCCACCCAAACAUUGGUAUAAGACUUGUUAAAGGUUUUUUGCUAAGCAAAGGACACCGUGUCCAAAGAGAAAGGAUACGGCAGUCACUUCUGCGUACAGAUCCUCUAGGAAUGGUGAUAAGGUUCAAAGAARCCGUACAACGUAGGAAGUACAAUGUCCAUUCACCAUUGUCUUUGUGGCACAUUGAUGGACAUCAUAAACUGAUAAGGUGGAGAAUAGUUGUCCAUGCAGGAAUUGACGGGUUCUCAAGGAUCCCAGUAUAUAUCCAUGCCUCAGAUAAUAAUGAAGCAUCCACUGUUUUAAAUUUGUUUGUGUCUCCAGUCAAUGAAUUUGGCUUGCCCUCCCGUGUGAGGUCUGACAAGGGGGGAGAGAAUGUUGAUGUGGCAUGGUUUAUGCUUUCGCAUCCACAAAGAUGUCCUGGAAGAGGAAGMAUGAUUACAGGCAAAAGUACCCAUAAUCAGAGAAUUGAAAGGCUCUGGAGGGAUGUCUUUGAGGGAUGCAUCAGUUUGUUUUAUGACACGUUCUAUCGAAUGGAACAAUGUGGUAUACUAGAUCCAAACAAUGACAUUCACCUAUGGUGCUUGCAUUUUGYUUUUCUGCCUCUGAUUAAUAGGCAUUUGGCAAGCUGGAAAGAUACUUGGGUUCACCAUCCCAUUAGAACUGAGAAAMACUUCUCACCAAUGCAAUUAUGGAUAAGAGGGCUCAGUAGUGUGCACAGAAGCAAUUCUUUGAUUAGCAGAGAAGUAUUGGAAAGGAGGACUUCCAAACCUACGGUAUCGACUGGGAAGGACCAGUUCCAUCAUCUUCUGAUACAGAUGUUGAGGUUCCAAUAACUAGAUGUCCACUUAAUGAGCAAGAAUUGCAAGCAUUACACAGCAUGAAUUUGUCAAGUUUCUYCMUUGAUGAUGCCCUUGAACAGUUUGUCCAAGUCAUAGUCCAUUGAUCCAAGUCAUAGUCAAUAAUUUAAAACUCUGUACAAUUUAAAUGUGUUAYGCUUUAAUUGAAAACUCUGAUCACAAGCCAGCAAUUUCUGAUUACCAUUACACAUAGCAGUAAUCAAUUUCAUGAAACAACACUAGCAUUUAAAAUAUACUUAAUAUCUAAUAUAAGCAUUGCCAAAUAGUUGUCAAGUUGUUAAAAGUUGUAAAAAAGAUGGCUGCAAUAAAGUUCUGGUAGCAUAAUUACUAGAAAAUUUCAACUUUCCUUCUAGGAAGAAUUAUUGUUGAGAAACAAUAAUAGUUCCUAAAUACAACUAUAACUUUGUUUGUACUAACAAGUAUAAAAUGUAGAGCAGAGUCACUUGAACCAUG